AGCAAACAAAAAGCUAUAAACAAAAAUGUUCAAAUACGCCGUUGUUCUCUUCGCUCUCAUCGCCUGCACUGCUGCCAAGCCUGGUAUCUUCGCUGCCGCUCCUUUAGCCUACGCUGCUCCAGCUGCUGUUGUCGCCGCUCCAGCUCCUGUUGUGACCGCCACCAGCAGCCAAGUGAUCGCAAGAAACUACAAUGGCAUUGCCGCUGCUCCCGUUGUUGCUGCCGCUCCAUUAGCCGCCCCUGUUGUUGCCCGCUAUGCUGCCGCUGCUCCUUUAGCCGCACCAUUAGCUGCUACCUCCUACGUCGCUUCACCAUUGUCUGCUCCAGUUGUGUCCCAUUAUGCUGCUGCUCCCUUGGCUGCUUCUUUCUGGUAAACGUUGUUGGCAAGGUUCAAUAAAUCGAACUAAAAUCAAAA